AUGGCCAGGCCUCAUCCCUUUACUAUUCACGAACGCGGCAGCACCAGACACAAAUCCAUUAUCGUCGUCGGUGGCGGCGUUUUUGGCUUGUCGACAGUCCUCUGGCUGUUGAAAAGCAAACCUGACUGUACCAUCGUCCUUGUUGACCCAACCGAACUCUCUAACCCCAAGGCGGCUUCCCACGACAUCUCCAAGAUCCUGAGGGAUGACUACCCAAACCUGCUAUAUGCACCCUUGGCCAUCGAAGCCAUGGAUUACUGGAGAACGGACGCUCUCUUCAAGAGCUUCUACCACGAGGUCGGCGUCCUUCGUGCGGACCCCGGCGGUCACAACGACAAGGCCCUGGCCACCCACCACCGCCUCGGGCACAACUCCGGCGCCAGCUGGUUGAAACCCGAUGACGUGCAGGCCAAAUGGUCUGGCUUUGGCACGGCCGACUUCCAGGGGCUUGAUCGAGUGAGGUACAACCCCCACUGCGGCUGGGUUGACGCCGCCGACUCCCUCGAAACCGUCCGCCAACACGUCAUCAAUGCCGGCGCGAAGCUUGUCGUCGGCGAGGUCGGUACCUUGCUGUUCGACAACAAUGACGACUGCGCGGGCGUCAGACUGGCCAAAGGCGGCGACGUCCUGAACGGCACCGUCGUGCUCUGCACGGGUGCUCGCACCUCUGCCCUGCUCGCCGAGAGCGCCCCUGGGCGGAAGGAACUCCAUGCUGCUCACAGGCUGGUGGCCACCGGUGCCUUAAGCUUCACCAUCACGGCCCAUGGAGAACAGAGGAAGAGGUUCGAGGGCAUCCCGGUGCUCAAGAACUGCCUGCCCUCGGUCAAAGGCGAGUCCAUGUCGAUGACUGCGAACGGCACACUCAAGUUCAACUGUGACAUGGCCUUCACAUACAAGCAGCUUCACGUCCCCUCUGGCACCGUCAUGUCUCUAGCACCCUCGGAUAGCCACCUCACCGAGUGGACCGCUGAGGAGCACGUCCCUCGUCAUUUGAAGAAUAGGGCUUACAAAACCCUCAGAGGUCUGUAUGGAGACGAGAUGGAGGACAGGGUGAUUGAAAAAUACCGGAUCUGCUGGGACACGACGACGCCCCGGCAUGACUUCCUCAUCACCCACCACCCCCGAUGCAAGAACCUCUUCAUCGCGACCGGCGGCUCCUUCCACGCCUGGAAGUUCUUCCCGGUCAUCGGCAAGUACGUCGUCCAGAUGCUGCGCGGCGAGCUGGAGCCCGAGUACGCCGAGACGUGGGGCUGGGACCGCGACGCGGGCGGCCAGGUGGCGAACUCGACAUACGACAUCGAGGGCGACCUAGGCGAAUGGAUCAAGGAGGAUGAGAAGAAGCAGUAA